AUGGCGCACCUGAGGCAGUGUUUGGGAAAGCCACAGAUUGCUGAGCUGACGGAGCAACUCAGUAAGUUCUUCAAGGGCUCGCGAAGGCGGUCUGGCGAAGGUAUCAAUGACUACAUCUCGAGGAAGAACGAGAUUUAUCUACGAGCCUGCCAAGCUCUGCAGCGGGUGUCUCCUCAUCAGACAUCCCAACCCUCUUCGGGCUCGUGGACGGCAGCCGCGGCACCACCUUCGUGGGGCAGCAACUGGACACCUAGCCGGAGGAAUAGCACCUCCAGCUACGCCAGCGAGAAUGCCACCGAGGCGGCAGGUGAUCCGGCCACUGGGCUCCGAUGGUGGAGGCUGGAGCGAUGGAGACUGGGCCCAGUGGAACCGCCGAUGGUCCAGUUCCUGGUGGGGCUCAUCAUGGCAGUGGUCGUACCAGGAUUACGACUACUCCAGAAGUGGACGCUCUCAGCGAGAGGCGGAUGCGACAUCGGAGAUUUCUCCAUGGCACGCGUGGUCCAGGAGCUGCGCAGCCAGUGUGCCGUGCUGGACUAUGGGAAGAAGGACUUCAGCAGCAGCACCGCCUAUAAAUAUGAGAACUCGGACCUCGAGGCGGACGACGGCAACGCCCUCACCGAGGACCUUGACGACGAUGAGCAGGCCUUGUGGGGUGAGGCGGAGAAUGAAGCGCAGGAAGCCAUGGCCACUUUGCAGUUGGCAAGGAACACCUUGAAGCAGGCCCGACUGAAGCAGAGCAAUGUUCGACUGGCCAGGCAGUACUACAAGGGGAAGGGCAAGGGCAAUCGUGAAUCAGGCAAGGGUAGCGAUGAUUCGAGAUUGACUUGUCUUCGAUGUGGCAAGGUUGGUCACCGUGUAGCCAACUGCCCCGAGCCAGCGGCUCAAGCCAAGGUGGCAACCGAGACGGAUGCGACCUCGUCCUUCAUCUGCUUCAACGAGAUUCAGCAAGCUCUCGCUGCUGGAAUUUCCACGGCUGACGCUGUGCGCCAGGGCAAGGCAGUGAUAGACGGGGGCGCCACCAGGACUUUGGCCUCUGUCGCCGCCAUGGAGCACAUCAUGGCCAUCAAUGCGCAGAAGAAAGGCAAUAACGGCAUCCUGGGAUUGAGUCUCCAGAAGCGACCGACCUUCGGAUUUGGGAAUGGGUCGGAGAACCGCUGCGCCUCGACUAUUCAGUUGCAGAUUCAGGCCAAUGAUCGUGCCGGAGAGCUCAAAGUCCAUUGCCUGGACCGCGGCAGCGGACCGUUGCUCCUCAGUGUGGAGGCCCUGCGGAAACUCAAGGCG